ACAAAUUCAUUUUCUCUACACUUACUUUUGUCACUUUCCAUCUUUUUACUUUCAUUAUUACUCUUUAUUACAACUAAAUCCAUCCACCGUCAGAUCACUAAAUCACCCAUUCAACAUUACAAUCCAACGGCCCUCAUUCACCCUCUCUCUCUCUCUCUCCCACUUCACACGACGAGACAACCUAAGAGAGAGAAAGAGAAAGAACACGAAGAAAAGAACCUGUUCUUGUUCUUCCUCAUCAUGCUGUUUGCUUCUUCAAAAUCCACUCUUUUCAUCAUCGAUCCAUGAUCACCAUCCCCAUUUUCCUUCUCUUAUUUUCCUUUUCUUCUUCAUAAAAAUUUUCCCGGGAAAAAAAGACAGAGAGAAAGGUUUAGAGAGAGAGAGAGGGUUAGAGAGAGAGAGAGAGAUACCCAGAUAAUUAAAACGGUGAAAUUUUGGAUUUUGAUAACUGGGUAUUUAUUUCUUUUUGAUUUGGUUUAAUUUUAUGUAUGAUGGAUUUGGAUAGCAUUGAGUGUGUUUCAUCUUCUGAUGGAAUGGAUGAAGAUGAGAUCCAACAUCGAAUUCUUCAUCCUCAUCCACAUCAUCAUCAUCACACUGAGUUUUCUUCCUUGAAACCUCGUAAUGGAAAUAAUAAUAAUCAUGUUGUUGGUUCUACAGCUAUUGCUCCUGCAACUAGUGUUCAUGAGUUGUUGGAAUGUCCUGUUUGUACUAAUUCAAUGUAUCCUCCAAUUCAUCAGUGCCACAAUGGUCACACAUUAUGUUCCACAUGUAAAACAAGGGUGCACAAUCGAUGUCCGACUUGCAGACAAGAGCUUGGAGAUAUUAGGUGUCUGGCACUAGAGAAGGUUGCCGAAUCACUUGAGUUACCAUGCAAGUACUAUUCUCUUGGAUGUCCAGAAAUCUUUCCUUACUACAGCAAGCUUAAGCAUGAGCUGAUAUGCAAUUUUAGACCAUACACUUGUCCUUAUGCUGGAUCAGAGUGCUCUGCUGUUGGCGAUAUUUCCUACCUCGUUGCACAUUUAAGGGAUGACCAUAAGGUGGACAUGCACACAGGAUGCACAUUCAAUCAUCGGUAUGUGAAGUCAAAUCCGCGUGAAGUAGAGAAUGCUACUUGGAUGCUCACUGUAUUUCAUUGUUUUGGCCAAUACUUUUGCCUUCACUUUGAAGCUUUCCAGCUAGGCAUGGCUCCAGUUUACAUGGCAUUCCUUCGUUUCAUGGGAGACGAGAACGAAGCUCGGAACUAUACUUAUAGCCUCGAGGUUGGAGCAAAUGGAAGAAAACUCACUUGGGAGGGCACACCACGGAGUAUCCGUGAUAGCCACCGUAAAGUACGAGAUAGCCACGAUGGUCUGAUAAUUCAACGAAAUAUGGCCCUCUUUUUCUCUGGUGGUGAUAGGAAGGAACUGAAACUAAGAGUCACAGGAAGAAUAUGGAAAGAACAACAGAAUCCAGAUGGUGGAGUGUGCAUACCAAAUCUUUGCAACUGAUGUGGUUUUUAUUGCAUGUGUGUGAUGUAUAUCUCUACACUACUACACCAACUUUGUGUAUGUUGUAAACUUGUAAUAGAGUAAGGUACUAAUGUGAUGGCUUUGGAUUUUUCAGUCUUUUUUCAAGUUGUGUAAUAAUCAUGAUUUGGAACUGGGAUUUGUCUUAAUUUUAUGAGAUUAAAGAGGUUUCUCCUA